AUGACGGUCAUCGGCCCCUUGACGACAACAUUCAGGCAACCGGCAAGUUGCACAACAACUGCACCGCAGAUCUAUCAGGUCUUUGCCGAUGACAAGAGCUACAACUUCACCCAAGGGCCGCUCUUCCCGGCCAGCAGCAGCUGCUUCCCGAGCGGGUACAACGCGUCGCCGACGAAUUACUACUCGCCCGGUUUCUGCCCGUAUGGAUACACGGCAGCGUGCUCGAGCCUGAAUCAGGUGAAGACGGAGACGGAGACGGCCGUCAUUUGCUGUCCGACGUACGUGGGGAUUUCAAUUUGA